UCUUUUCUUUUGAUUCCUGGCAGGAGAGCUCACUUCGCGGACCAACUGGAAUCAAAGUCACAGUUCACACCCGGUGUGAAAAUGUGAGGUCAAGACUCUCUCUCUCUCUCUCUCGCCCGGCAAGUUUUUGGGCAAGUUUUUCGAGAUCAACCAAAACCUCCCACUCCAAGUUGAAAACUCCUCCGUGAACCGGUAGUUAGACGGAGCACGGCACCCGGAAACACUGAAGCGAUCCCUGAUUUCGGCGUUUGUUCUGCUCAGGGGGGCGAAGGGUCUGCCAGUUUGAAGGAAAGCGCAGAUUUAACAGGUAAACUGGUUCAGUUAUUGGUUCUUGACGUCAGUCUUUGCUCUGCUGACAAAUUAUAUCAUCACUUUGACGAAGACCGCAAUUGUUUGUAACGUGUGUGUUAAUUUAAUGUCCUGCAAAUUUUAAUAAAGCAAAAUGUGCCAUCAACAGUUUUUCCUUUAACAUCACAAUAAUUGACACUUAAGUUUAAUCUUUAACUUUCUGAGUUUUAACUAGCCUGCUGACUGCCUGUAAACCACCUGACCGCGCGCCCUGACUCAGCGGUACACAAAAUCUCGUUGGGAUAUGCCACAAUUUUUAUGUCUUUGCCUAUCAUAUGAUCAAAUCAAAAUAGAAAUUGACUUAAUUAAAUAAGGUUAAACGCACAGUCAGUGGGGAGAAUUCGGCAUACAUAGGAGACACACACGUUCAUUCUACGUUACGAAAUGUUGCGAAACGACCCCAGGUGCGUCCCGAUGCGUGUGAUAGACAAUGCUGCCUGAGCUAGUAACUUAAAGUAAUCUUAGGGACAUUUUAAAAUGUGCGCAUUGUCAGAACCUUUGGUUACAGUUUCAGGAAUGUAUCAUUCUGUUUCGGAAAAUGCCGAAUAAAGCUGACACAUUGCUUUCCAUAGCACUGGACCACAUCACUUAAAAACCGCUGAAAAAGACUAGAUUAUUCCAGACAGCCAAAAAAGCCUUAGUAUUCAAGGUUUCAUGUUUCUCAUUUCAUUUAUAGAUUAUUUUCAUAAAAAUGGUUUAAUGGGCCUGAUAUAAAGAGGGGGGCAGGUUCUCCCUUGAAUCCCUAUAAGCCACUUAAGGUGCCGCCCCAAAAUCCAAAAUUUCCAGUGGCUACUUGUCUUGUUAGAGGCGGUAUUGGUAGGUACAUCUCCUUUGUGGGUAGUGAUUCAAUAUGCUGUGGGUAUCUUUCCCUGCAGCUUAUUUUAUAUUGUCAGCAUAACUACACUUCAGGCCAAAAGUUUGGAAGCAAGAUCAGAUUUGUGCAAAAAAAAAAAAUCGUAGUUUCAUUAAUAUGCUUCGCAACGCAAUAAAUAUGACUAUUGUGUACAGAGUAACUUAUCAGAAGACAUUUUGACUAUAAUUAUUAGGUAUUUGAGUUAUUGUUGCUUAGACUUUGCUUUCUUUAAAGGAACCUCAACAGCUUGGCAUAUACCAGGCAUUCGUUCCACAAGUUUUUAAGGUAUGUUCCAGGGAUUGCAUUCCAAGCUUUCUUAAGUUCAUUAAAAAGAGACUGCUGAUUCGUGGGACGCGCCUUUCAGACCGAUCGAUCCAAUUCAUCCCGCACAAGCUCUAUUGGAGAAAGGUCUGGAGACUGAGGGGGCCAAUCCAUCUUUUGAAGAACACCUUCCUCUUUUUUUUUUGUCUCGGUAACCCCGACAGAGCUUGGCAGAAUGAUUAGGGUCAUUGUCUUGCUGCAAAACAAACUUAUGACCCACAAGUCUGAGUCCAGAUGGAACAGCAUGGUGCUGGUGGAUGGAGUGGUACUGUUCCUUCUUCAUGAUACUCUUUACUUCAAACAAAUCUCCUACUCCAUCACCUGCAAAACAUCCCCAUACCAUGGAACUACUACCUCCUUGCUUAAUUGUGGGUGUAACACAUGGUGCUUUCAGACGUUCACCAGUUUGUCUGCGGACAUAGACUCUGCGUUUUGAACCAAACAGUGCAAACUUGUUUCUAGUCAUCAUAAGUCAAAUUUUUGUGAGCUUUUGCCCACUCAUAUCUCUUUUUCUUGUUCUGUGGAUGAAGUAGUGUUUUUUUUUGCAGGUACACAACCCUUCAGACCAGCCUUUCUCAAACGUCAUUUCACGGUUGUCAGAGAUAUGGGUUUCGACCUUGUCAUGUUGAUUUCCUCCCUUAUUCUUGGUGCUGUCUUUUGCCGAUCUCUCUUACUGGUGACAAUAUGUACAUACAAUUUCUCUUUCUGUGUAUCCCUCUUUCCUCAAUGUACAAAUCUGUUCUUUUGUUUCUUUACUCAGUUGCUUCUUUCUAGCCCUUUCUGCGGUAUUUUGAAUGCAGUUGAGAUUUAUUAGGAUUUUUGUAUGCAGGCUCUCAAAAGCCAAAAAGUUGAAGUGAAUAAUCCUACUGUGAUUUGUUUUUUUGCUUUUGCACUGAAGUUGUGACUCUUGCAAGUGUUUUCGACCCUGCAACUAAGCCCUUAUUUUCUUUUGCUGACAUAUAUUUAGCAAUGGUCUGUUAACAUCAAUGUAUAUCUAAAGGUAAAUUGAGUAAAACGGUGCAUUUCCAUGAAAGCAACAUCUGAUCAUGGAGUAAAUACAUCCCAAAAUACAUAAAAUUCAUGCUGGAUUAAAAAAAAAGCAUUGUGAACAAAAACUUGAAGUUACUCCCAUUUGUUCGGCCAGUAAUGGCCUUGCUUCCAAACUUUUGGCCUGUAGUGUAUGUUCACUGAUCAUGAAACCAAAAGAUUCAGAGCUCCCUCUUCUGUCUGGCUGCAGUAUAGGCCAUAGACCCCUAAUUGCAACAUAACUGAUGGAUCAGAAGCCAAACUAUUAAAUCAAAACAUGUCAAAUUUAUGUCCAGCUGUCCAUUUUUCUAAGAAGUUUGGUUUAAAGAUGAACCUGUAUUGUUCAUUAAGAGAUAAAUGAUGUUGUGUUAAUUAUGUUUCCAAAUGUUUCAGGUUGAAAGAUGGACACUCAAAGUCAGGUCGUGGACAGGCUGAGGUCAGUGUUUUGUUCAGGCGUCACGAUACCAGAGGAGUUUCGUCGAGCUCAGCUGAACGCGCUGAUGUGCAUGAUCAAAGAAAAUGAGGAACUGAUUCUGAACGCUCUGCACAAAGACCUCGCAAAGGUACAACACUGUGCUCGUAUUACACACACACACACACCCAAUCAUUACUCAGCAAGCUGUGUUAGCAUCAGCUUGGUCAGCACUGUCUGGAUAUGUUUUGAACUGUCUGAUAACCAAAGUUACUAAUGUCUUGUCUUAAGUACACGGAUAUAGAAAUUCAGCUCAUCUAAAUAAUACUCUUCUCAUGUGUUUUAAACUGAUUUCAAUAAUAUAAAGAAUGACAAAGUUAAGAAAUGAUUAGUUUUUCUUCGUCCCUCAAAAUUUGGUUUUGUGGUACAUCAAGAAUCUUUUCAGCGAACCUUUGUAAUGGGAAAAAAGCUGAGUAUGUUUUAACCUUUAACACUAAAAACUCACAACUAAUCAAGUUUUUUUUGGCAUGUCUUGUAAAAAUGUCUGGGCUUGGUUUAUGCUGUGUUUAGCUGACAAAUCCAGAAAGAAAUGUCUUACUUCAAGAUGUUACAAGGCAAAAACAAGAACUGCAAUGUAGUGCAAUCUCACAACUACUGAAAUAUCCCAAAUAUGACAUUUUAACUGAAUGCCUUUUUGUAGGAUAAUUCCAUCUUUACAUUCGCACAAGCUUUUUGUUAAGCUAUUUUCUUUUUACCAGCUGUGAUAUUGAAGGCUUUUAUUUUAUGCUCAUAUCUAAAAACAAAUUUCAAAUCUAGAAUACAAAUUGCAAUGCAGGUCAAUCUUUGAAUUAAAGAGUGAUAUUCCUGAGACUCAAACUCUAUGCUCUCUAGAAAUCCCUUGACUUUGAAUGCUGCAUUAUACUUGUGGCCAAAAAAUCAAAACCCUACCUCAUACCACUUUUUUAUACUGCUAAAGUAGCAUGAAAUAGCAGGAAAACAACAUAUAAAUCCUCAUAGGAUAAAGAUAAAUAGACAUUGAAAUGAAUCAUGACUCGUGCUUUCAUGCAGUUUGAGGAAGUUUUAAGAAGCAGUUGAUGUCAGUAAAGCAGGCAGUAAGACAAGUUAGACUGCUGCAGUUUAUGGAUUGUAAUGUGAUAUAUGACAGGGCAUCAUUUGCAUAAGAGUUUGCAUAGGAGUUGAACUUAAUAGAAUGUGCAUGAGUUUAAAAAAAUUGUUGAUCAACACCACCACCCCUAUCUUGUCACAAACUUACCUCAUCUAUUGCUGACAAAACCGCUGCCUCCAACUGUGCCUCCGACACGUCCUUUCUGCCCGCACUGGUGUUGAGCACAGAACCUUCUAACCAACAUUUCUGAGCAUCUCAGAACUGCUGAAAUCUCGGCAUGUGUUUUGCCUUUUUACGAAAAAAAAAAAAACUGUACCACAGACUCAGAAUAUUCUUCCAGUCCCGCCAUGACACUAACUGCUUUUACUUUAUGGGCAUCAUGCAACUUGUGCCAGUCGGAAAUGAAACAGUUGGAAAAACUUGGUGGUUAUCCAAUUUUCCAUUUUGUGUUUGAACACAAAAUAGGGAAUUGGCAAAAUGUUCUCAUGAUCCUCUUUCUCCAAUUAUAUUUUGGAAACGGAUAUCAAAAAUAAGGUUUUUUUUUUCUUUGUUGUUUAAUUUUUGGUUUUGUUUUCAAGUUUGUCUCCUAGAGUUCAAUAAGGACUAAACUUUUUUGUUCUCCUUGCAUGUCAGCCAAAAUUUGAGGCCUCCCUGUCUGAAAUCGACAUUGUGAUCAAUGAUCUUCACUACACCAUCAACAACUUCUCAAAAUGGAUGAAGCCGGAGUAUGCUGGUAAAAACUUGGUAUGUUUGACAUGACUGACAUUUAUACCAGAUGUUUAAUGUCAAAUGCAUCAUUACAAUGAUUUAACAGUUUGCUUUUAGAUCUAUUCAUUACUGAGUUUGUGUUUUAUAGAGUCGAAAGUGUCCAUUUUAAUAAGACUGUAAGGAUGAUUAUACUUUUCUGAACAAAAAACAGAGGUCUGAUUUCAUACAACUGUUUCCCCAGGCUGAGAAUACCUCUCUUAACGUAAAUCAAACUAUGUUUUUACUGAGUUUAUUUCUCCUGUGUAUCUUUAGGCAACAAGGCUGGACACCUGUUUUGUACGGAGGGAACCGUUAGGGGUGGUGUUGAUCAUUGGGCCAUGGAACUACCCUCUGCAGAUCCUUCUUUUACCUUUGGUUGGCGCCAUUGCUGCAGGUAUCAUCCACAUACUUACAACAUGAUGGUAAAGUUACACCUGCGUUUUCUCACUAUGAUAAACUGUUAACCAGGUGGAGAAAUGAAUAGGUUAAUUUGAAAAAGAACUCUAAGGAAAUAAAUUUCAACCGUACUCUCCCUGUAGCUUUAAGCCUCUUUUCUUUCUAAAGAUCAGCUCUUGUUGAGUUCUGAUUGACCCCAAAUACUCUCUGUGCUGCCAAUAACCAGAGAUAAAAAGCAAAAUCUAACACUGGAAAGGGAUUGAAUUUAUGAUUGAUUAAAGUGAGUGUAGAGGGUCAAAGAACUCAGUAGGUGUCACACUCAUUAAAAACUUGUGAAAGUGUUCAAAGUUAACUUCUUUAGAGUCCUUCCUGACUGAUCUGUGCUUGUGUUUUUAACAAGGAAACUGUGCAGUCAUCAAACCCUCAGAGGUCAGCGCUGCCACAGAGAGCCUGAUUGCUGAGCUCAUCCCAAAAUAUUUGUCUCAGGUAAAGAACAGAAUUUCUUUAAAGUAAAUCCCAAACAUCAGUUAUUCAUUUUUAGAUUUAAAAGUGGAGUCUGAACGUAUGGUGUACAACUCUUGAUGGUACUAUGGGACUCUUGCUUUUGCAGGACUGUUACGCAGUUGUUCGUGGAGGAGCAGAGGAGACUCAGGCACUUUUGAAAAACCGCUUUGACCACAUCUUCUACACAGGUGAGUGAUCAGGCAGCUGCAUGUCACAGAGUUUUUCACUGACACAAACAUAAAUCAAGGCUCAGGUUAAUGUACUAGAAUUCCCUUUUAAAUCCAGUCAGUUUCCUUCAGUGUUUAGGACUCAAGUUCACAGCUAACUCUAAAAAAUCGACCUUGUAGUAGAGAAAUCCUUAAAUUUUUGGAGCUCAAACAACUCUAAGAUAAACAGAAGAAAUGUGAGAUUAUUUUUCACAUAUUUAGUUGAUUAGCGGCAUUUAAAGAUGCUAAAACUGGUCAUUGUUCCUGAUCCUCAGGUUCUCAGACUGUGGCGCGCUGCAUCCUUCAAGCAGCUGCUGUCCACUUAACCCCGGUGACAUUAGAGUUGGGUGGAAAGAGCCCCUGCUUGAUCUACGGUGACGUUGACAUUAUAGCUGCAGCUCGCCGUUUGAUCUGGUCAAAGUUCUUUAACGCCGGUCAGAGCUGUGUUGCUCCAGAUUACGUCCUCUGCACCGAAGCAACCCGAGACGCUCUGCUGCCCGAACUCCGCCAGGCUGUAGAGGAUUUCUACGGCAAGGAGCCUCAGACUUGUCCAGACCUGUGCCGCAUUGUGUCCCCCCGACACUGGACUCGAGUGAUGGAAAUGCUGAAGAAGACCAGCGGGAAGGUCGUCUUGGGAGGAGAGAGCAAUGAGGAGGAUAAAUACAUAGGUGAGUGAAGAGGCAGGAGAGUCUAGACAAAGUCACGUGUGUAUGGUGAAGCUGAAAAUUGUGAAAUGAUUGAGGUUUAAGUCCUAAUUAUCUUGAGAAAGAGAUGUCUUCAUUGAACCAACAUGUUCUUACAAGACAUAUUAAAGCUGUUUUUAUUUUAACUGUAGAACAAAAUAUAAAAUGUUCUUAGAAAAUAAUCUUUGUGGAUUUAACUUUGGCUGUUAAAAAAAACCCUGCUUGUAAAAAUGUUAUGUAAAAUGUCAGUACAAACAGAAUCUGAUGGUUUCUACAUCAUUUUGAUUGUCUUAUAAAAACUAAGUUCUUAUUUUGAAUUCCAUGCCAGCAGCAUCUCUCAGAGCAGUUUCAUCUGGGACCAAAAUACUGAAAACGUUGUGUAAUGCUGAAAAACAGGGACAGAAAAGACAUUUCAUAGGGGCUGGGUGUCUCAGAAGGAAAGAUGUAAAGAGGUUCACCACUCAGUGAGAGACUGUGUGAGGAAGUAGGUCAACAAUUUCAGAAUAAUGUUUCAGAGUGUAAAGUUGCAAAGAAUUUGAUGACGUCAUCAUCUAUAAUUCAUAAUUUCAUUAAAAGGAUCAGAAUCAGGGGAAAAUUCUGUACUUAAGUGACAAGCCAUGAGCUGACGAUGAAUGGCUGUGGAACUGCUUUAAAAACAGACAUGACUCUGUUCUGGAAAUCAUCACAUGGGCUCAAAAUCACUUCCAAAAACCACUGUAGAAGAAACCAUGUAUGAUUGUGAGACAGAAAAACUGCAAAACUGUGCUGUGCUCUUAAGAAUCCAAAAUGUAUCAUUCUUUUUGGAAAUCAUGGCUGCCACAUUCUCAACUAUGAAGAGAUUAGAACCCACUCAGCUUGUUAUCAGCUCUCAGUUCAAAGCCAGCAUCCCUGAUGGUUUGGGGAUCAUUAGUUACCAUAGCAUGGGUAGCUUACACAUCUGCGAAGGCUCCUUUAAUGCUGAACACCUUUUUCAGGGAAGACCUUCAUAUUUCAACUAGACAAUGGCGAACAACAUUCACAACAGCUUGGUUAUGUAGUAGAAGAGUCCUGCUGCUAAACCGACCUGCAGUCCAGAUGUGUCACCCAUGAAAAGCAUGGGCCAAAUGUAUUGUUAAGGUUGUGUGUCUUCUCAGCUCCCACAGUGGUGGUGGAUGUGGCUGAAGACGACGCUCUGAUGGAGGAGGAGAUUUUUGGCCCCAUCCUGCCCAUCCUGACCAUAGAGUCUCUGCAGGAAGGCAUCGAUCUUAUCAACCGCAAAGAGCGGCCACUGGCUCUCUACGUGUUCUCUGACGAAUCCUCUGUAAGAACACAAACCUCUGACCCCCUGAACAUCACACAUGUACACAUACUGUCUUUUUGUUUAGCAUCACACUGCUUUUUUGUUGACAGAUUGUGAACACGGUGCUGGAAAAUACUAAGAGUGGAGGAUUCUGCUCUAACGAUGGGAUCGUCCACAUGACCCUGCCCACGCUGCCCUUUGGAGGUAUAGGUAGGUAAAGACCUGAAAAAACAAUCUUGUAAGUGUAAGUUGAAUGACUCUACUGAUUGCUCUCUUUGAUCUUACUUGUGUGAAAGCUUUUUUCCCUUAUUUUCUAUGCAUUGCUACUCUUUUUUUCUAUCCACGGGCACAGUGUUAAGAGUUUCAUAUAAAUCUGUUCAUUUAAAAUCAAUCUUCCAGGGGCCAGCGGUUGGGGAAAUUACCACGGACGCUGGAGCUUUGAGACAUUCAGCCACCAGCGGGCAUGCAUGCUGCGCGGCUGGGCUCUGGAGAGACUGAAUACCCUGCGUUACCCUCCCUACUCAGACGACAAGCUGGGCUGGCUGCGCUGGACCACCUCACCCAAGAGCAGCUGCUCCAUCAUGUAAAGACAGCUGUGUGUGUGUGUGUGUGUGUGUGUGUGUGUGUGUGUGUGUGAGGAACUAUACCGUGUGCAUGGGCUCAAAUGUUAUAUUGUAAAAUAGGGUUAAUCCCUCUUUUUUUAAGCUGUGUGUCAUGCUUGUUUCACUCAUCGGGGGGCUAUGACAGUGUUCUCUGUGCUUUUGCUCUCUUUCAUUCGUUCAGAUUGACAUCUUCUGUAUUUAUCUUAGUAUCUGUUAUUAUAGUUUUGCAUUAUCUGUGGUGUUUUAGCAGCUAUUUCCUCGUUAUUUUUCCUAGCUGUGGAUUUUUUCCCCCUUUUUAGUGGGUUCUUUUAUGGCAUUUUCCUCACUUUAAGAUGCAAUCUUUUUACACAACCUGUUAGAGAGACCAGUUUGUUAUUUUAUCAACACGUGUAACCUAAGAUAACUUAAAUAAUAGGGUACCACUGUCUGCUUCAUUUUAUCCUGGUGCACAGAAAUUGAAACAGCCAUUAUAAAUCUCUUGUCAUUUUUCCUCGUGCUAUGAGGUUUGGUGUUUCUUGUCUGUUUUUUAAUACUUUUUUCAUAAAUUUAUGUAAAUAAAUGUAAUUUGAACUAAUAAAAGAUAUUUUUACUCUUAAA